GCGGAGAAGAGAGGGGAAAGUGUCGCCAAGAGGAAUGUGGAAUCACCCACCAGUCGAUCGAGCGAGCAAAGAGUUGGUGGUCGCUGUCCGUGCGCCACGCGGAAAGGCUUUUAUGCCUCCGCACGCCACGUGUUGUGGCGGCCAUCGAGCGCGCACAGGACACGUCAUAGUCUCUCCGUCCUUCUUGAUGGUGCAGGGGCAUUAGGAAGAGUUUCUUUCUCCGGGACACCUUCAAUAGUCUCUGUUUUGCGCCAAGAGCAAAGUGGAGGACGAGGAGGGGCAGGGGCGAGGCUGCGGAAGACGAGCGAAGUAUGCUUGCCUUGUUUUCUGUUGCGUGACACGUGUCUUGGAUAUCUAUCAUUGGCACUGAAACGCCCAUGCCGAACGUUGUCUUUUCGUGACCCUCUGUCGUCGAGCCGUGAGCGUCCAUCGACCUGUAGGGUAGGUUUUCGUUGUCGUCUUGGCGGACUAGUUGGGGUGUUCAGGCCCCCUUCACUCCGAAGCGAACGGAGGGCCGUCCCAGGGUUUGCUGGGGCUUGCGCGAAGCGUAAGCAGUGGGAGGAGGGAGGUGACGAGGCGCGAGGGGAGUAUAAGAGGAGAGGGAAAGAGAGGUGAGGAGGCUGAUGUGGGAGGAAGACGGUGACUACGCGUCGGCGCCGUAAACGGCAGGCAAGGUAGGGAUGGUGGCGUGCGAAAAUCCAAGCAGGGAACACACAAUCAGGGAUGACGUUGGCAAGGAAAGGUGAAUGCAUGCCGACUGCGAGUGAGUGUUGGACGAAGCAUACGUUUCGUGGUUUUCGGGUCAGGAAGUGACAUGUGGAGCGCGUUGAAUGCCGUGUGUUGGAGUCUUGAGUCUUGUGACGUCUUAGGGUAAGGACCAACAUAGUGGGGGGGCGGGGGGGGGAGGGGUGGAGAAGAGAAAGGAAGGGGAGGAGGGAGAGUGGAGGGAAGAGGGAACGACGGUGAAAAGCGGGGGGAGCGAGGGGAGUACGGAGGAAGAAGAUACAUCCACGUGCACCGCCGUGAAUCAUGGAUUUUGUGAAGGUUUUCGAUCAGACGGUGCGACAAAUCAAGCGAGAGGUGAACAAAAAGGUCUUGAAUGUGCCGGAAAUCGAACAGAAGGUUUUAGAAGCGACGAGCAAUGAACCAUGGGGACCGCAUGGCGCCUUGAUGGCAGACAUCGCUCAAGCCACCCGUAAUUUCGGCGAGUAUCAGAUGAUUAUGGCGAUUCUCUGGAGGCGGCUGAACGACACGGGGAAGAACUGGCGACACGUGUACAAAUCGCUGACGGUGCUGGAGUACAUGGUGGCACAUGGGGCGGAGCGAGUGAUCGACGAAUUGAGAGAGCACUUGUAUCAGAUCAAGACACUUGUCGACUUUCAGUACGUGGAGUCCAGCGGUAAAGACCAGGGAAUGAAUGUGCGUAAGAAGGCCCAGGCGGUGAUCUCCUUAGUGAGCGAUAGAGAGAAAAUCCGCGAAGCGCGCCAAAAGGCAGCCUCGAAUCGGGAGAAAUACAGGGGUUCGGGGAGUGGCAUUCAUCGCCCGGGAACGUACGGGUCGGCCGACCGAUAUGGAGGAAACGACCGCGACGAGGACCGGUACUACCCGGGCUAUGGCGAGCGGCAAGGGGAUCGGGAUCGAGACCGGUUCGAUAAGGGAAGCGGUGGGGACCGGUACGGAGAAGGCGGCGAGAAAUAUCGGAAGGAUGACGAACACGACGAUCGGGACAGAGGGGCAAGCCGUGGCGGCUUCGGGGACCGCGAUCGCGAACGAGACCGCGACACGGAAAGAAGAGGGGGAGACCGCUAUGGAGACCGGUACGACGAUGAAGGGGCCCCGGGAUCGCGACCUCCUCCCAGUUAUGAUGAGGUGCGGGGCGGAGAUGGUGCUGGAGGUAGAGGCGGAGGCGGGGGCGGCGGCGGAUGGGUAGACGAUCACGAAGGGGGUUCCGGCAAGGAGGGAGGAGGAGGAGGAGGAGGAGGAUCUCUAGCGGCCGCCGUGGCACGUGCUCAGAGAGGACAAGGCGGUCAGACGGCCGGGGGGCGACCCGACGGUGGCGGGUCGUUUUUCGCCAAUGAACGGGGUGAUGGAGGCGAGUUCGAUUUUGACCCUCGCGGAAGAGCACCCGAGGGUGGGGGAGAGGAAGAGGACUUCUUUAGGGGAACUUCCUCCUUGGGAGCGGCGAAUGGCAGCUCCGCUGGCGGAAGUAAGGGGCCAGCAGGGGUUCCUAAUGCUGCCGAGGAUUUGUUUGGGGGGUUCCAGUUUCAAGCGACGCCUGUUCCAGGCGCGGGAGCGACGGGGUCCGCCGAUCCAUUCGGUGGGAAUGGACGUGCGGAAGGCGGCGGAGAUGCAAGCCUCUUCGGUGGAGGAGGCGGUGUUGUUGACGGCUUCGCUGCUUCAUUCGACUCUCCGCCGGCCGCUGCCGGUCCUUCAGGUGAUGGCGGCGUGAGCGGUUUCGACGCGGCUUUCGGAGGAAGCGCGUUCAGCGCGUUUGACGCAACGUCGAACGCGAGCGGCGGAGUAGGGGGAAGCGCUGCGGCAACUGGAGCAGGUGGUGGGGAAGGGCUUGCCUCUUCCGCGGACCUCUUCGGGGGCGGCGGCCGAAGCGGUGUGGCGGACCCGUUCGCCGCUCCUCCAGGCCAACGGCCGCCGCCAGGCAGCAUGGGUGCGGAUCCUUUCUCUGCGCCUACGACAGGGGGAGCUGGAGCUGCCGCUGCUGCUGCAGAUCCUUACGGCGCGGAUCCGUUUUCCGCCGGCGGCCCGCCGUCAUCGGGCCCCUUGUCAGGUGGUCGCACGGGUGUCACUCCUUUGGGCAUGUCUGCGGCGGCUCCCGGGGAUCCGUUUGCUGCCGGUUUACCGCCAUCAUCCGGUCCGUCCUCUGUGGGUCGCACGGGUGUCACUCCGUUGGGCAUGUCUGCGGGGCCCGUGGAUCCGUUCGGCGCUCCCGGGCCCAUGUCAUCGGGGCCGUCCUCGGUCGGUCGCACAGGCGUCGCUCCUAUGGGCGACGCCAGGCCACAGCCGUCGCAAGGGGGGGGUGUCGAUCCCUUCGGCCUCUCUGCGUUCGAAUCCGCUAUGCCGGCUACCACAGGGCUGAACUCCACGCCACCUACCAGCACCGGAAGCGUGGGGUCAGGCUCGGCAAGGAAACAAUCAGCUUUACUUGCUUCAACUCUGAGCACAGGGCUAGUUAACCUCAAUUUGAAAGCGGCAACGGAGAACCCGCUCUCCGGUCUUGGUAUCAAUUUUGGGGAGUCCAGCUCUCUGAUCGAGAAAGAGAAAACGGACAAGACGAUGCCCGUGAGCAUGGGCAGAGCUAUGGGGAGCGGGACCGGGCGUGGUGUUGCCGGGGCGAAAACGCUCGUGCCCGGAAGCUCGGGUAUGGGAGCGGUAGGCGUGGGAGCAGGGAUGGUCUGGUAUGGACGCUCUGAGAACGGCGGAUUUGAGAUGUCCCGCUUGAUGAAUCCGAGCUGCAGCAAGUCUUGAACCCGCGCAGGAGGCAAUCCGAGAACUAGUAACGUCCGGUUCGACUCUGGGCUGGAGACCCACACUGAGAUAGGCACUAGCUAUUCGUAUCGUAUCUAUUUGGAAGAUGUACAGGGAAUUUCAGCUUACGAGGUAAAAAGGGACCAAGUAGCUUGGGUGUGUGCCAGACGAGAACUUCUUGUGUUGCUGAAUUUGCGAACGGCGAUGGGAUGCUGGGGACAGUCUUUAUUUUCGUUGUGCAGGUUGUCCAGUUUUAUAUUUUGAGAUUAUUGAAUAGACAUGGUUUCAUGCGUCACCCUAUGUCGCGUAGGUCUCCUCACUGAACUUCCAGAGCAUUUUCCUCGACUCGAGAGCGUCAAUACUCUCAGAAAUUGUGCUUCGGGGAAGGGGGGGGGUGGUAUGUGUUUGUGAGGAUUGGGGUCUUAGAAAUAAAAUUUGGGGGGUGUG